GUUUUCAUCGUCAAGUUUCGAGGUUUUCUAUAUCUUCUUGGCAAAUACAGUACGGUGAAAGAAAACAAAAUGGCUGAACAAGAUUUUAUAUACAGAAUCAGUACGGAUCAAGAGUGGCAAGAGUUUCAGAAGAAGGGAUCUUCUUUUGGUGGAGAGCUCGAUAAGUCAACUGGUUGUUUUCAUCUCAGCAAACUCGAGCAGGUGCAAAUGACAUUGCAGAACUUCUUCUUAAAUGCCAAGGAGGAUCUUUACCUUCUUCAAAUCGACCCUAACAAGCUGAGAGAUGGAUUAAUCUAUGAAGCAGUGGAUGAAGUGAACAGCUUCCCUCACUUCUACGGUCCAGACAGAACAUUCAUUCCACUUCCUCUAGAUUCUGUCGUCAAAGCUGAGAAGCUAACAUUCACAAAUGGCAAAUUCACCUGCAGCUUCUUGACUUGAUGAAUCCCUUAUAUAUAUAUAUAUAUAUAUAUAUAUAAUCAGUUCACUAUUUAUGUAUUGCAUUGUAACAAUUUAAAAAUUCACCAAACAAAAAAAACAGAGAAUUGUUAUUAUUAUUACAAUGCGAGAUUAAGAUCUAAAACAUUCUCUUCUCUUGUCUCCUCCUCUGUUUCUUCUUCUUGUUUCUCCUCCUCAGUUGAGACAAUUGGCUCUAAGUUUAAGUCUAUACAGUGAGAGAAAUCCUCGGGGCGGAAAACAGGAGGAGCAAUGCCGGAUUUUUCUCCGUUGUCGGAUCUCUUGGUCGGAUUCGGAGCAGUUUCGCCGGAAUCUUCGAUUAGCUCUUGUCGUCUUCGUUUUCUAGCUUCCUGGUAGUUUCUUAUGAGAUUGAA